AUGGCACCCAGUGAUGACAAGGGAAACUGGGCUCUCCAAGUCGUCCCAGUAGAUGAUAGUGGGCUCGAUUUCUACUUCAAGGAGUACAAGCCCUUCAGACUUAAUGCUCUCAAGCAAGAUCCUGGAGCCUUUGGCUCAACUUACGAAAGGGAGAUAGCAUUCAACGACGACCACUGGCGAAAGCGGCUUUACAAUCCUCUUGCGAAGACAUUUGUCGUCGUAGGAUUGUAUGACGGACGGGUUCUGUCCGCUGCUACGCUUUGGGGUCCUAUGCCAGAGUCAAAGCUAAUUUCCAGCCCCAGCCCGGCCGCUGCAACCACAAGUGACGUUGUGGAUGGCACUCGUGAGCCCCUGUCCUUCCAAAUUACUGCAGUUUGGACUUGCCCCGAAGCUCGAGGUCGAGGGCUAGGUCGGACCGUCGUCAAGGCUGCUAUUGCUCAGGCGGGUCAGGAUGCGCGACAACGAGGCAGUUCCUAUAGCCUCGGUGUCGACGUCUACGCAGUAAACACUGCUGCAAUCUCGUUCUACGAAAAGUGCGGCUUUUCUGUAAGCGGACCGCGACCAGAGGAUUCAGACACCGAAAGCUUACGACCUGAACUUCUCAUGUAUUACCGCCACUGA